AUGUGCAUUAAUUCUGCGACGGAGCCUGUGAUAGGUAAGAGGCUAUGGAAUAUCUUGAGGAUAGCGUUUUUCAUGAUGAGGAAGGGCCUCAUCUCCAAAAGGAAGCUGCUGAUGGACAUGAACCUGAUGAUGAAGAGGGGUAAGCUACUUAGGAAAUCCCUGUCCAAUCUCAUUUUCCAUCAUCAUUAUCACUCUCCCUAUCAUAAUUCACGCCGCCGGUCACCGCCAUCACCGCGUGGUUUCGAUGGAUUUCGGUUUCGACUACAUGACUACGAGUUCUCGUGCAGUAACAGCCCAAACCCUGUUUUUUUCCACGUGGGAAAGCGGAAACACCAUUACUACUUGAACUUCCCCUGCAUCAAAAACCCUCCUACAGAUCAAGAUGAGGAAUCCGAUGCUUCCCACAGCAGGGAAGACAUGGAGGUCCUUGCUGUGCUACCCAACAACAACAACCACAAGAAGCUUCCUCAUGACACAUGCUCUCCCGAGCCCGGCUGCCCCCACAGCUACAAUUUCCGAUUGAAUGCACCCACCCCUGACCUGGCCCCCGGGGAUCCUGUGUUGCUGAGCCCACUCCUCCUCUCCCCGUUCUCCAUUAGGAUCUCCAACUAUUCGUCCGAAGAAGAGAACGAUGCAGGCAGAGAAGGUAAUAGCCGAGUGGACGAUGAGGCGGAGGAAUUCAUCAGAAGGUUCUAUGAGCAGUUAAGGAUGCAAAGUCGUACUCAACUGUUGCAGUACGAGGAGGAGAUGCAAUACCAGGAGAUGCUUGCGAGAGGAAGUCGUUGA